GAUAUGACGUGGUGUAAGGCCAAAUUGUCAGCAAUGCCUCUUGCACAACUAACUGCCUGGUGCCCUUGGCCAAGGUCAUCCAUGACAACUUUGGCAUCGUGGAAGGUCUCAUGACCACUGUCCAUGCCAUCACAGCCACACAGAAGACAGUGGACGGGCCCUCUGGGAAGAUGUGGAGGGAUGGCAGAGGUGCUGCUCAGAACAUUAUCCCAGCAUCUACUGGGGCUGCUAAGGCUGUGGGAAAAGUCAUUCCUGAGCUCAAUGGGAAACUUACUGAAAUGGCUUUCCGUGUGCCAACCCCCAAUGUCUCUGUCGUGGACCUGACCUGCCGUCUGGAAAAAGCGGCCACAUAUGAUGACAUUAAGAGGGUAGUGAAGGCUGCUGCUGAUGGUCCCCUGAAGGGCAUCCUGGCAUACACAGAGGACCAGGUUGUCUCCUGUGACUUCAAUGGUGACAGCCAUUCCUCCACCUUUGAUGUGGGUGCUGGCAUUGCACCGAACGACCGUUUCGUCAAGCUGGUUUCCUGGUACGAUAACGAGUAUGGCUACAGCAACCGUGUUGUGGACUUGAUGGUCCACAUGGCAUCCAAGGAGUGAGCCGAGCACACAGCCCCUCCCUGCUGCCUAGGGAAGCAGGACUCUCCUUCAUUGGAGCCCCUGCCCUUCUUCACCACUGCUGAGCUCUGCAUCCUGCAGUGAGAGGCCAGUUCUGUUCCCUUGUCUCCCCCACUCCUCCAACUUCUCCCCGAGCCUGGGGGAGGUGGAGAGGCUGACAGAAA